AUGAGUUGUAGCGUAGAGAGAGAAAAUGUUUAUACUGAAUAUUUUAAGCUCAUCCCAUAUGGGAUUUGGUCACUCGAUGGUUUUGUGACAUAUGCUUUUUGCAAAGACAUUUAUGUUGAUAAAACUAUAGCCCAUCAAGAGUUUUAUGGGGAGUUGCAUUGCAUUGGAAAUUGUGUGGUUUUGCAAGAAGCUAAACGGGCUAGAGAACUUUUACAGCAAAAAAAGAUGGAAAGGACCUUUGGAUUCGACCAUGUCCAAAAAAAAAUAUAUAUACAACCUUGGUGGUCUAGGGAUAAUCCAGCAAAAUAUUAA